UCUGGCUCAAAAAUACUCUGUCCUCGUUCUAAAAGCGUAGAUCAUUUGGAAGAACAGGCUGUACGCUCAGAAUCAUCCACAAGACACAAAAGAAGCUGGAACGCGCAUUCAUUCCUGGCAUUUAUAUAGUACUCGCCUUUUCUUAUCUGGUCAGUCCCUAACCCUUUCACUCACCAUUCCGCUGAAGACCAUUACCUCCUCUCAUGAACCGAUACCAAGCAUCAACCACGAUAAUCUGACACUUGUGCCUAUGGCUCUACAGACCAGCGCACAUUCACGGUCAGCCAGCCAGUACAGCGGCAUGGCAUCUGAGCCGUAUGCGUCAGAACGGGCCGCAGAUGACGCUACGCAGGAUCUCUGGAUGGCCACACUGGCGCAUGUGGAAAGCGAUGGCAGCUAUGCCGAGGUGCGUCACGGUUCAGCGGCAGCGCGGGAGAGCUGGGCCAUGGCCACGCCUGAGCUGUCCGAGGCUGUGCACGAGUUCCCACAGCCCCGCGGAUCGUGCGACGGGUCCGGCAGUGUGGCUCACCGGAGGCCACAGCAAACGGCGCAGCAGUAUAAGCGCAACGGCAGCUUCUCCAUGGCGCUAUUGCAGAGCCACAUGUCCGCAUCGUUUUCCGAGGAAGAGGCCGACCAGGAGGAGGUGGAAUACUUGUUUGACGACCAGCCCGGCGCCUCGCCAAUCGCCACACCGACGGUCGCAUGGCAGCAGAUCUCGCAGGGCAAUGGUGCCGAGGACGGGAUGCAGGGGAUCCGCCGUGGCAGCGUCUUGGCGACGACCAUUAGUGCGCCGGUGUCGAUGCGGUUGCCAGAAAACGACGCGUAUGCUUACGGAAACAAUGCAAGACGUGGCCAGGGCGGCGUGCUUUCGGUGUACGACCCUGUGACCGCCGUGCGUGGCGCGCGGACUGGCACCCGCAAGCACAGCCGCUCGUUGCUUGUCCUGCCAACAACGGCCUGGCAUACAACCGCCGUCCACCAGCCAAGAGCACAUGCCGCGGCAAGAACAAAUGACACGGCGAAUAGUGCCGACAAUGCCGUGGGGAGCGGCGGCGGGAGCGCUCGCGGCUCCUCGCUGUUCAUGAGCCGCCGCUCGUCGCCGCUGCUCAGCAGGGCCUCGUCAACAGGCGCUGGCCUUUUGGAAAACAUCCGGAGGCUGUCUGGCUACACAUCGAAUGGGUCGGGAAAUGGCCAGAGGAAGUCGAUCGAAAUUCGGCACCUGACUCCGUCACCUGCACCGUCAUCGCAGAGCCACAGCUCUGGUUACGAUAGUCACAGCGACAGCUGGUGCGGCAGCGGCGGUAGCGGUGCGAUUCCCGGUUCGACAGCGUACCAGGAGGGCAGCGGCCGUGGGCGGAUCGAUUCGCCGGUGAUGCGCCCAAAAGUAGAGCAUUUAGCGUCGGUGGCGGUGCCGCCAGUCAGCGAGACGGCCACAAUCUCGAGUGGCUUUGCAAGACACCGCAACAAUCGUCCGCCCCUGGCACGUACCGCUGCCGACAACACCACAUAGCAUCCCAGCGGCUGUCCCUCCACGAAGAUAAUGUAGCAGGACUACAGCUUUGUACCACAGCGACUGCGAGCAGCGCUAGGUUGUGGGCAGCACAGCGUGCUGGAUGGGGCGGGCGAGGAUGCACAAGCGAAUAGGACACCGCCGUCCGCUGGAUCUGGGGCGGUUCCUAGCGGAGUACUACAGCCAGAGUUUAUGAAGCGGGUGGGUGCCCGACUGGCGC